AUGGAUAUUUCAUCGAGCAGACAUUACUAUGAGAGCUUGCGAAGUGUAAAUAACAACGUAGCCACCAACAAAUCAAAUCAAGAAAUGCAAUCCGCAAUAGCUCGCAAAAGUCCAACAUAUCGUCAGUGGAUUUUCGCAACUAUACCAAGAUGGCUUGAAGGCAAGCGACAGGAUGAUGAAGCCGAAGGUCUAUGGCGGAUUUAUGAUAAUUUAUAUGAUCUCCACAAUUUUAUGGAUCGCCAUCCAGGUGGUCGAUUUUGGUUGGAAAAAACUCGAGGUUUAGAUAUCACCGAAGCUUUUGAAAUUCAUCACAUUAGGGCUGUUCCCGAAGCUUUGCUGAAGAAGUAUUUUAUACGCCAGGCUUCAAAGCCUCGGAAUUACGUUUUGUCUUUCGAAGAAAAUGGAUUUUAUCGUACGUUGAAAGGUCGGGUUGCGGAACAUUUAAAAGAUAUGGAUUGUGGUCCACGAAAAAGGACUUCUUUCUACCACCUAACUCUGCUGAUGUUUAGUCUAUUAUUGGCCCUGAUCUCUACUCGUUUGGAUUAUAUUGUGGUGGAAGUAUUAACCGGUCUAUUUUUAGUGUGGCAGGCAGUGGCAGCCCAUAAUUAUUUUCAUCAGCGUGAUAACUGGCAAAUGUAUAGCUUUAAUUUAACGCUUAUGAAUUUUGCCGAUUGGCGUAUUUCACAUGCCAUGUCACACCACAUCUAUACGAAUUCUUUAUACGAUUUGGAGAUGACUCUGCCCGAACCAUUUCUCUGUUGGAUACCCAGUAGGGAAGUGGCAUCAAAACCUCGACGCCUCAUAUCCUUGCUGCUCCAACCCUUGGUCUAUGCUUUACUAUUCUUUGCCAGCUUCGCACAAAGGGCGUUGCGAUCCAUAAUGACAACAAAUGAACUCUAUUGGCAUGACAUGAUUGGUUUUAGCUUACCAGCUCUAAUGUGGCUAUGCUCCGCAUUAUCUCCAGCCGAGGUCCUACUCAAGUGGUCACGCAUAAUCAUGUUUGCUAGUUUUAUUUUCAGUUCCAUUAGUUUUAAUGGAGCACAUCAUAUUCCUAGUCAUUUUCAUGAUGGGGAUGCAUUGCGUUCGGAUCGGGAUUGGGGCAUUUUUCAAUUGCAAACGAUCACAGAUCGUAGUGAUAUUAAGGGGAAUCAUUUUUGGACCCUCACCCAUUUUGGGGAUCAUAUUUUACAUCACUUCUUUCCCACACUGGAUCAUGGUAUGCUACCGCAAUUGUAUCCAAUUUUGGAGAAAACUCUGGAGGAGUUUAAAGGAAGUGGAGAAUCGGCAGCUGUUGAGAAUGGAGGCGAGGACAUUUUGAAAACUGGACAUUAG